GCUGCACCAGGGGGCCGAAUCUGGGUGCAGCUGGGCCCAGCUGCUGGCAAAGGGGGACACGGCCCCCCUCCACUCACCCCCGGCCCCUUCCGUCCACCUGCCUCCUCCCCUCGUGCUCCCACGGGCAGCCCCAGAACCCUGGGCCAAGGAGGCGAGGGCGUCACUGCCUGUGCUGCAUGGGGCUGGACAUGGGGGUAGCUGGGGGAUGAGUGGGGGGCACCCAGAGUCCCUGGCAGGGGGAGGUUGCAGGGAGUCCCUGGACUGGGGGUACCUGGGGAGCUCGUGCGGGACGCUGGGCUGGGCUGCGAGGAGCCCUGGGGGCGCAGAAGGAGCGCAGUGAGCGAUCCCCCCACGCACAGAAACCUUCAUUGCAAAGUACCGUGCACCCCACCCCCAAGGGCCAGGGCGUGACCCCAGCCGGCGGGCCGCCCUCUCCCCACACUGACACCCUCACGCCCCAGAGCGCUGCAGCAUCGCCUGUCCGGGGGGUCUGCGGCUGGGGAAGGCAGGAGUCCCGUCCCCCCGUCCCCCCCCCCGGGGCAAGCAGAGGCCAGCACCUCCCGGACGCGACGUGCUGUGCACGAGGCUCGCCGGUCACUCAGCUGCUCCUCCCAGCCCUGCAGGACCCCGGGGCGUGGCGUGGCGAGGUCUGACCGGAGCCCCCGGGAAGCAGGUGGAGCAGGAACGCCCGGGCUCCCCCGCCCCUGGUGCCGUGCAGCAUGGUCCUGCGGGAGUCUCCGUUCCCGAACCGGCUCCUGAGCGGCCUGUACAGCCUGGGCCAGUCCCUGCUGUUCCCCAGCUACUGGGCCACCGACUGCCUCCUCGACCUCAGGGAGACCACGGCGGAGCGGCAGCAGCGUCGGUGCUGCCCGCUGCGGGCACUGGUCACCGGCCCCUUGCUGCUGCUGCUCCUCAUCCUCUCCAUGCCUGGCGCCCUCCUGGGCCUGCUGCUGUGGCUCCCCCUGCAGGCUGCCCGCAGGCCCUUCGCCUACAAACACAACAUGCUCUCGCGCCACCCGGAGGUGUGGGAGCUGCCGGGCAAAAGCAAGGCCUUCGGCUUCGUCAGCGCCAACGUCUGCCUCCUGCCCAACGGCCUGGCCAAGUUCAGCAACCUGGGGCAGAUGAAGCAGCGGGUGGCCCGCAUCGGCCAGCGCCUCACGCAGGGGGAGGCCGGCGCCAGCUUCGCCAGCCCCAGGAGCAGCCAGUUCCUGCUGCCCUCCAAGUAUGGGGCCACCGCGGCCAGCCCACCGCGGCCAGAGAGCCACGCCCGCCGCCCUGGCGCCAGCGUGGUGAUUGAGGUCCCCGACGGGGAGGGAGCGGCUGGGCCCGGGGAGAUCUCGGUGCCCUUCCCGCCGGACGUGGACUUCCUGUGCCUGCAGGAGGUGUUUGACCAGAGGGCGGGCGCCCGCCUGUGCCAGCUGCUGAGCCCCUUCUACGAGCACAUCGUGUACGACGUGGGCGCCUACGGGCUGCAGGGCUGUCGUACUCUCAAGGUGUUCGGCAGCGGGCUCUUCCUGGCCAGCCGCUACCCCGUGCUGGCCGCCCAGUACCGCUGCUACCCCGAGUGCUCCGGCGAGGACGCGCUGUCUGCCAAGGGGCUGCUGUCCGUGCAGGUGGAGCUGGGGGCAGCACACGGGCAGCGGAUUGUGGGCUACCUGAACUGCACACACCUGCACGCUCCAGCCGCCGAUGCUCAGAUCCGCUGCAGCCAGCUCACCCAGGGGCUCUUCUGGGCGCAGCUGUUCCAGGACGCCCACGCGCAGCGCGGGGAUGUCGUCGCCUUCGACGUGUUCUGCGGGGACUUCAACUUCGACAACUGCUCCUCAGGGGAUGAGUUGGAGCAGACCCAUGAGAUCUUCCGCCAGUACCAAGACCCCUGCCGAGUGGGGCCCAGGCAGGACCGGCCCUGGGCCAUAGGCACCCUGCUGAACUACCUGCAUAUCCACGAGGAGGCCGUGUCGACCCCAGAGAAGCUGAAAAGGACCCUGGAGCAAGAGGAGGGCAGGCGGACGUACCUGGCGGGUCCCAUCCUGCAGGACGGCCGCCCCGACCCCUCGGCAGCAGGGAGCCCCUGGGAAGGGCGCCGCAUCGACUACAUCCUGUACCGCGAGCACCCCGCCCCCAUCAACCUGACCACGGAGGUGGAGAAGUUUUCCUUCAUCACCCAGCUGGCCGGCUGCUCGGACCACAUGGCUGUGGGGCUGCGGCUGCUCCUGAACCCUGCACCGCAGUGGCAGCAGCAAGUGUGAACCCCGGUGUCCGGGGCGGAAGGUCGAUGGAGAGUGCUCGUUAUGGUGGGGUGGGGCUGGGCCCUCCCCCUCCGUGUCCCCCCCUCCCGCCGGACUCGGAUAGGCCGCGAGGCCUGGGACCGGAUCGAGCUGGCUGGGCCAAGAGGCCCCUGGGGCUGUGCAGGGCUGUGUGGGGCUAGAGUUGCCCCCAGGGGCUCUGGUGGUCCCAUGGGAGGUGGGUCUGUGCUGGCCAGAGCCCCCCCGCUCAGUGCCCCAGGAGGGGGACAGCCCCAGCACCUGGUUUCCAGGCUGGCGGGGGCCCCAGGUUCAGGCAUGCUGCUCUACUGCACCAGUGGGGCCCAGCACCCAUGGGUCUGGGUUCGGGGUCCCCGGGGGGGCGCAGGGGUGUGGCGCUGCCUCUGCAGACCUCACCCACUGCAGCAGGACGAGGGGACGGCUAUUUCCCAGGCUGCCAGCUGGCUUCUCCCCCGGCUCAGUGCCACGGGCUCCUUGGGCCCCCUCCCCAGCCCGUGAGCUGGGUGUUAGCUGGGCAGGGGCUCCCCGGCACUGGCGUGGGGGCCGUGUCUGCCCCUGCUCAGCACCGCGAGGCCCGUCUGUCCCCAGCAGGGCACAGUGCUCUUCAGCUGCACUGUGGCUGCCAGGAGGGGCUCCCCACUGCCCCCGCUCACCCGGCCUUGGCACUGAGCCCCUGUGGGGUCGGGAGCUGGAAUUAAUAAAGCUUCCAAAGCACC